GAUACGUCACACUUCCGGUCUUUGCAUGGAUUUACUCAGCUAGCUGGUCUCCCUGUUUCAUCCAGCGUAUUUAUGGUUUAAUGCUCUUUAUGAACAAAGGCAAAAUAACAAAUAUCCACUAUGGCUUCUCGAGCAGGACCGAGAGCAGCAGGUACAGAUGGCAGUGACUUCCAGCACCGGGAGAAGGUUGCCUCACACUACCAGAUGAGCGUUGCUCUGAAGUCUGAAGUCCGUAAACUCAACAUUGUCCAUGUGCUGAUCUGGGUGCUGAUGGCCGCUCAGGUGAUAGUGAGCCAGCUGAGCCUGGUGUCGCACAAGGUUGUGGCCUCUCCAUACCAGUGGGAGUACCCUUACCUCCUGAGCAUGAUUCCCACAGUCUUCAGCUUCUUGGCGUUGCCCCGCAACAACAUCAGCUACUUGGUCAUCUCCAUGAUCAGCUCCGGGCUCUUCUGCGUGGCCCCGCUGAUCUACGGCAGCAUGGAGAUGUUCCCCGUGGCGCAUCAGCUGUAUCGGCACGGCAAAUCCUACCGCUUCAUCUUCGGCUUCUCUGCCGUGACGGUCAUGUACCUGGUGAUCGUCAUCGCUGUGCAGGUGCACGGCUGGCAGAUCUACUACAGCAAGAAGCUGCUGGACCAGUGGUUCACCAGCACGCAGGAGAAGAAGAAGAAAUGAGUUGACAUGCUCAGCGCUGAGGCUUUUAUUGGAAAGCAGCGACUGAACUGGUGGAUCGAGCCAGACAAGACAAGAGACUCUCAAAAGUAUUGUCUUUUUCUAUAUUUAUAUUUGACAGCGAUAACAUCAUUGUUCAAAGUAUUCCCUGGACUGCUUGCGACUGCUGCCAUCACUCUGUACAUUAAUCCUGCCUCAUUCAAAAUAUGAAACUGUAAAUGUUUUCUGUUUGUACCUUACAUUAGAUACUGACAGUGUAAACAGACCAGGGGUAACUGGAAGAAGACUGUAAUCACAUGUAAGUUCAUGUUUUGGAAACAAACCCAAAAAUAAAUUUAAAUAUUGAACUGGA